CAUGAGAAAGAACAGAGAACAACUGUCCACAUUUUUCUCCUUUGAUUACAAUACAAAAAUAUCUAAGCAUCACCCGGACCAAGAUUUACCAUGAAACUUCUUGUCUGUCUUUGACUUUUUGUUUCUUCGUUUUCUUGGUAUUAUCUUUUAUGAAUGAUAUACAUAUUUACAGAAAGCCAUAUAUAAAAUCAUAAGAUGGAUUUGACAGGUUCCUCAACCGCAGAUUCUCCACAAUCCUCCGCUGAAUCUCCUGAAGAACCCUCUAAGGAGGAACAUGUAACAUCUGUAACUGAGGAUUAUGACACAACCUGCUGGGGUUGUGGCCUUCACCUUACUGUUUCCCCUUAUGAACCCGCUUUUAUAUGUGGCUGGUGUGGAGCUAUAACUAACCGUAAUGCCUCUAAAAUUGAAAGCAAGUACUUGUGGUGGAGACGUGUACGUGAUCGAUGCUUUGUUAGUAUCCUCUCAGUGUUCAUGCUCUUAAUGAUAUGUGGAGUUAUCUGCGCAAUAUAUCCAGUAGCUUUUUCUAUCAGCUAUUUUUGUGGGGCUACCCAUUGUAGCGUUUCAGUACUAUUGGCUAUAACUACAAUUACCACUUAUUGCCUAGCAGCGUUUCGGUCCCCUGGUGCUCCACCACUGAUAUUAUGGGGUAGCUACUCGGUAGUAGGAAGAGGGGGUCUUGAAAAUUACACAUACUGUCUCUAUUGUAAGAAGCCAAAGUCUCCGAGAACUCAUCACUGCCGUUCAUGCCAAAUGUGUGUCUUGGACAUGGAUCACCACUGCCCUUUUAUUGGUAACUGUGUUGGCGCAGCAAAUCAUCGAGUAUUCAUUUUCUUCCUCAUUUCUGCAUUGUUGAGUACUGUUUAUGUCUCCGUCAUAUCUGCUUAUGCAGCAAUCCAAAUUUGGCCACCAAUAAGAUUGUCACCUCCUGCUCGUACGGAUGACUUGGCUAGUUUGGACUGGUAUUCAGGGAAAUUAAAGGAAAUUAUUUCUGCUUUCUUAAGCUCUAUACUGCUUUUACCCGUAGAAAGUGUUGUGCUUGUAUAUCUAUUAGUUGCUAGUUUAGUAGUCGAAAUUGGAUUAGCCAUUCUUCUGUUUCAACAAUUGUACUACAUAUACGAGGGAAAGACAUACUUGAAUCAUCUAAUAUCACAUGGUGUUGAGGAUGGAACCAGUUAUGGUGUUGAAGAAAAAGAUAUUCGUAAUCUUGUUCGCUUCUUCAGUUGCCCAUCUUCUGCAUUAAGAUUUCUGCCGUGUUUUUGGAGUCUCAAAAAGAGCCACAAGAAAUGAAACUGGAACUAGGAUGGUGGUUCUCUUGAGGUUAAGAUAUUCAAAAUGGCUGUGAUAUCAUAUGCCUCUGUAUAUUAGUUACCAGUGUACAUUUUGUAAAGUGGGAUUUUUUACAUUGUAGAAUGAAAAAGAAUGCAGCCUAAUUAUCUAUGCUUUAUU